UUUUAUUUGAAUGGCUGAAAUAUUUUACAACGACACCGACCUGGAAGGUACUAUUUAACAUUGCGUGAUCCCGGAAAUCCCUGUAUUUACAAACCAGCGCUGUGCCUGUAUCCAGCAGCAGCACAGCAGGGAGCUAAUGAGCGGAGCUAAGGAGCCAUCACCUGACACCGUGCAGACGUUUUAAAAAAUAUUUUCUUGUGACAUUAGACUGUGAAGUGGGUCAGACAUGUCUGCGACACCGCCGAGUGACAGCCGCGGCCCGGAAGGAGACGCAAAGCAGCCUCAGACAAACGCGACAACGGAGUACUGCGCGAAGUUGCAGCAGUGGAUGUGGCAGUAUUACUGGGGCUAUGCCAACUGGCAGAGCUGCUUGGCUCUGUCAGCCUUCCCCUUCCCUCCUCACUGCAGUUUCCCUCCGCCGGGCACGAGCGCUCAGACACCGGGUCCACCUGCAUCGACAUCCGGCGGUGGACAGCAGGCUUUUGACGCCCUGAACGGGUACAGCUACCCUUACCCCCUCAGCUUCCCUGCACCCUACCCUCACCCAGGUGGUGCCCACACGGAGCAGACCUCAGCUACGGAUGCCCGGCGGCCAACCCAGCAGCAGCAGAAUGGGAAUCCACCUCAGGCAGGACGGGAGUACACCAUCCCCUCUCCUCUCCAGAGGUUCCUGGCUGAGACGGUGGACUUCUUUAUCCUGUUUUGUGUGAAGGCCACCAUCGUGCUGUGGAUCAUGCAUCUGAGUGGUAUGAAGGACAUUGCCAAAUUCAUCACCCACUUCAUCGUGGAGGAGAUAGACGAGAACACAUCCAUGGAGGACCUGCAGAAGAUGAUGGCUGUCGCUCUGGUCUACAGGGUGCUAGUGUGCAUCUAUGAGACCAUCUGUAUCUGGGGUGCCGGUGGUGCCACACCAGGGAAGUUUCUGCUCGGCCUGCGGGUGGUGACGUGUGACACAUCCACUCUGGUGCGACCCAAUCGAGUCCUCGUAGUCCCAGCAUCUAAUGUUUCAUUCUCUGCCUCUACAGUGCGAGCGCUCAACAAGAACUUCUCCAUCGCCUUCCUCUUUCCCGUCUUCAUCACCUUGCUCUUCUUCCAGCACAACAGGACUGUGUACGACAUCGUGGCAGGGACCAUUGUUGUGCAGCGCCGAGGGGGCAGAUAGCCUCUCCUCAGGCGGCAGACUCUCGUAUACUUGACAAGGUAUAAUGACAAAGCGCUGCAGGCCCACGUGUGCUAAGUGUCUUAAAUUUAAACCAGCCACAUCUGAACAAUGCAUUUGCCCAUUUCUUCAUUGGAUCAAACAAGGACUCAAACUGCACUUUAAAACUGGAUGCGUACUGUUUUAGGCCUGGGUCAUUUGGAGUCAAAAUAAUCCAGCUUUACAUCUUUAAUAUUUUUUUUUUACCACUGAAUCAACAGAUAAGCUGUCAGGAGGAAACCCUCUACAGUAUUGUGAUUUUUGAUAAUCGCAAAGUAUGUUCAGCUGAAAAUGGUGCUGUCCGAUGUUUCUGGGAUAUUUUGAGACUUUUCUCAUAUGGUGUGAAUUUUAACAUGUGUGCUAUGUCAUAAACUUUUUUUUUUGUGAAGCUUAUUGUCGUAAUGUUUGAAUCUUCAAACCGGAACAUGCAAUCAGAGUAAUUUGACACCACCUAUCAUCACAGAAGAGUUUAAUGCAUAAAGCUGCAUUUUCUUUUAAGCAUUUUUCUUUUCUUCCAGGUAACAAUGGUGACUCACAUGUUUGGUUUGCUCAUGUAUUGUGUUGACAUUGUGUCUCAGACUGAAGGAAAUUAACGCCAGGCUUAUUUGCAUCUAUUCUUUGUGCCUAUGGAUAUUUUAAUGAGGAAGUAUUAUUUCGCUAUUUUAAAUGUCGUUGUAAUUCUUGUGACUCAGGGCAACUGUUUUGCAUCACAGAACCACUGAUUGUCUGAACUGCACUAUGAAUUCCUACUGCUCAUGUCAGAUGUCUACUUAUGCACGAUGUCAAUAGCCUGCGAGCCAGAAGACAAUAUUGGCAUUGUAUGUUUCUGCAAACUAUGGAAAAAUUACAUCUGUACAUUUCACACGUAUCAUAUCAACGUUCCUAAAGUGAAGUAGUUCUGAUUACAUGUGUAUGAGCUGACAAAUGGGGAUUGUGGAUGGCGUGAGACCUAGGCAAGAUGGCUGCCAAGCUGCAGACCACCGUUUGAAACCAAGAAAUAAUAAAACCUUUUUUUGUUGUUGUUGUUUUUAGUGAGACAUUGUGGUAUUUCCAGCUGUGACUGUAGCACCAAACUGGGUAUUUUAGGCUAAAACUUUUUCUUUUUCUUACCAUAACCAAGUGGUUUUUGUGCCCAAACACAGUUUCAACAUACUUGUUGUAUAAUAACAUACAAAGGUUACACAUCUGUGGUUUGCAGAAAUGUACAAUGCCAACAUUUAUCCUGGCGACUGAUGUAAAACUCCUCUGGUAUCAAAGAUAAUUAAUGAUUUAUUAAAAUGUGACAAUGUU